GGACCGGCAAAAUCUUACGAAGAAAACGACGUACGCACGUACGACGACGCGGCAGUAGUAACGUCCGUGGUAGUGCGGUCGUUCUUUCGUGCGCCCUCAUAUAAACCUAAGAUAUAAUACCAUGCCAUUUGAUUUUACCCCUUUUCCCCUUUCCGGAAUACGUUUAAAGAGAAGUAUAUAGUGAUUAUAAUCAAAAGAAUAAAGAAGGUCGGCCUAAGAUUUUAAAGGUUACAAAAAUAAAUAAUAAAAACGAAGAAUUAAACCGAUAUUGUGAUGGUAUAAGUUUUUUUUUUUAUCAAGAAAGAGAAAAGAGAGAGAGAGAGAGAGAGAGAGAGAGAGAGAGAAGGGGGAAGAGAUAUAGAAAAAGAAAAAAGUAACGUGCAACAGAGGGAGAGACAUCAGAAAAAGAGGGGAAGGUGUAGAAGGGGGAGGAAGUAAUCAACUAUGUGCCGGCGUUUCAAGGAUCAAAAAAGGAGUUGGCCGCAGAGCGUCGUGCCUUGCGGCACCGGGACAACGCGUCUCAAGAUCUGACUCUUCUUCGUUUUGAAGAAUCGAACGAGCAAGCACGAAGAAACAGAAAUAAAGAGAGAGAGAAAGAGAGAGAGAAAAAGAGAGCGAAAGAGAGAAAGAGAAAGAGAGAGAAAAGGAGAGUGUGUGUCUGUGCGUAAACGUAAAAGUGCCGGUAAAGAAGGGAGGAAAGGUGAUUAUAUAAACGGGGUGAUGCUCUCUCUCUGUUCAAGAAAAUAAAUUGAAAGAACGGUGUGUUGUACCUCGAACGACGUCCAUCUCGCCCCUGCUACGAGAGAAAGCGCCUAAUUAUAUAUCAACGUGCAUCGCGCAUGCGUAGAAUUUACGAAAUGUCGCGGGACGUAACGCACCCUCUCAACUCGCCAAAGAGUACUCUUAUUCACGUCUACGAUGGCUUUAGUUAUGCUUCCUUGCGAUCUACCAUGGUGGCCAGCUGUGGUAAAACAAUUAGACAGGGCAGCGCUCGCCAAAAACUCCACGGAUCUUUUGGACGCGAUGCAGAGAUUGCACGACAUGUGCAAUAUAAGCCUAGAUCCUGAGGAAGACAUUCAAGAUCCUGAGUUAUUCACAGAAUUGGCGAAAUUUCUCGAUGAGGAUCUUGAUUCUGUUGAACGUGAGCAGGUAUUCACAAAAACAAUACCACGAAUGGUAGAGAGAGCUAAAUCUCUGAGAUCCACGAAACCUCCUCAGGGCUUACACUACAGUUUACAGCAACAGGGAGAUAGCGUCGAAUAUAGCUAUGCUUUUGUCUCUUCUCUUAUCGCUAACGCAUUUUUCUCGACCUAUCCAAAACGAACGACAAAAACACAUCCUACAUUAAGAGACUUCAACUUCACGAAUUUCUUCAAACACCUUCACACGAAUUGUCAAAAAGCAAAAUUGAAGAGCAUAUUUCGUUACUAUGAUUAUAUUGAAAACGAAGGUGCAUUAGAUGGGCGAGUGAUUAUUUCGAGACAGGUAAUGACGUCAAAACAAUGGUUGACCAUAGAAGAUUGGCUUGAAAGUAAUGUACCACUUUGUCCUUUGACGAUUCGUCACGAAGGUCGUUUAGGUAGACAAGAUACAGAAACUGUUUAUGUUUGUUUCGCAAGCGCAAGAUUUGGGGGUGGAGUACUUGAUGGUGACAUUACGCAAGAAACCAUACAUCUAGCAACUCAUCCAGAAAUGAUCGCAGCGAUUUUAUCAGUCGAGGCUUUGGAGGACAAUGAAGCUUUGAUAGUGGAAAAUGUUAGACGUAUAUCCAUCAUAAACGAUCCCCAUAAUAGAGCAAUAUUCGAAGCUGUUCCCAAGCCCAAUACCGUAACCAUUUGCUGUAUAGAUCCGGAAGAUUAUUCAAGAUUACCAUUAACGCAAUUCGAAGAAGACAACAUUUUGAGAGAAAUGAACAAAUCACUUUUAGGAUUUCGACAAAGACAUGUACCGAGUAGCCCAACAGAUCCAAUCAAAACUGAAUUAGAUGCCGAUGGAAGUCUAGGAGCUCGGAGAUUGUCACCAAUUGGUGAAAGUUUCAGUAGUACUCCACCUGAAAUUGAGAAUGAAAAUAAGUUCUAUGAGACUGGUGAUAGCACAAAAGAUGUUGAAACAACGACAUUUGGUGAAUUAAGCAAAUCACCGAGUGGUACUGAACUUCGAACAAAACCGAACGGUAAAUUUAUCCGAUCAGCGAGCCCUCGAAGAGUUUGCAAGGACAGUAGUUGUACAAACAAAAAAAAUCGUUUUAUUGUUCUUGGAUCCAGUGGUGAAGUUUUACCGGUCACUCGCAAAUCUCUUGGUCAAAUGUCUGUUUACAGUAGUUGCAAUAGUCAAAGUACGGAUAGUUUUCACAGUGCAAAAGACACAAUGGACGAAGAAGUUGACGAAGAAGAACAAAAGUUAACGAGACGUUACAGCUCGCAAUUGGAUACACCCGAAAGACGAGGUACAUUUGCACAAAGAUUAAAAGAAGCUCUCAAACGAGAAAGUACAGCCACUGGUGCAUCUACUUCCAAUACUUCUUCCGGUGAAAGUAGUUAUGCUGUUGGAAUAAGUAUCGCGGGAAGUCACGUCUGUGAUCAAGAUAUCAAACUAAAAAGAGGAGGUUCGAGGGGAUUCGUUCUACGAGACGAGACUGUAGACGAAGAUUUUUUGAAAGAGUCUUUAGAAGCAGAACAAAAGUGGUUGGGUAGAUUUCGACAAAGUCAACCUCCGGCAUUUCAAAGAAGAGAAACCAAUGCUAGCAGUAAAUAUAGUUUCAGUACCGAAUAUAAUUCUGACUUCUGUUCCGAGUUAGAAGAAGUCUACGAGCAAUUGUCAAAAUGGUUGGAAGAUCCGAUCACAGAGGAUGAAAAUCGUGAAUUGGAUACAAGAGACAGAGCAGUCGUUAGAUUCGCUGGUUCGUUGUUAAAACGAGCGCUCAGCGAAUCUUUCGCAGGUGUUCCAGUUCAAGAGGGUGAACCUCAACCUUUCAUCGAUUCGACUGAUAUAAAUCAAAGGCACAAAUUAGCUUUAGCUGUGAGAAGUUUAAGUUUAGAACUGGCACGUCAGAAAAGCAGAAGGCAACAAUCGGUUUCUGAAUCAGAAGAAAUAGAAUAUUAUGAAGAUGCUUUGAGCGAUGAGGCAACGAUAACAAAGGAUACAAAGGAUUGUCAACGCAGGAAACUGCGAGCUGUUGCAUUUACUUCUGAGGUAUAUCAAACCUUGGUCGAUGAUCAUACCACUGUAUAUCUACCCAAGUCUAUAGAUAGAAAGAUCUCUGGAACUGAUGAUAAUAUAUCGGAAUCAACUUAUGUCAAUAAUACUACGCAUGGAAAUCCUAUAGAGAAGUCCAUACAAUAUUUAGUAAACGAAAUACCUCGAGAGAAUAGUUCUAACAUCGGGGGAUUGUUGUCUGUAGCAACAGGCAAUUGGGGUUGUGGAUCAAGAUUGAAAGGUGAUCCACAAUUGAAACUUGUCAUACAAUGGCUUGCAGCUUCUUUGGCGGGUGUACCAAGAUUAAUUUAUUAUACCGCAGGAAAUUGUUCUUUAUCUAAGUUGGAUACAAUAAGUAGAGUUCUUCUAGAUAGACAUUGGUCAGUAGGUGAUUUAGCUGCAGCUGUAUUAAAGUUUUCCCUACAAGCCAUUGAAAAAAGAGUAGAGAACAAAAGUAAUCUUUUUGAAGAAUUAAUUGGUACGGAUAAAUUGAGUCCUUAGCCUGAUCCAACGCUGUCCGUUUUAGUAGACAUUCUUGCUACAAUGAUAGAGGACAGCUUACUAAUCUCGCGUGAAAAAAAUACUAUAGCCGACGACAAUUAAACAUUGAGAUUAAUUUGGUACUAAAAUAUGAAACGAGGUUUACACGUAAUAAAAAAAAGAAUAAGAAAAGGAAAAACAAGAACUCUUUUUUUUUUUUUUCGAGAAAAAAAAAAGAACGUAAAGAUUGCAAUAGAUAAGAUAUAUAGGUAUACGAUCGAACAAGAUGUUGCUUGUGUUCUACUCUUACAUUCCAUCUAUUUGGUAAACUAAAACUAUUGUAAAUAUAAUUUUUUAAUCAAAUUCCUUAGUAAUCUCUUUUAAACAAAUAGAAUUUAAAAUCAUUGAUUAGAUUUUAUAAAAUAUCAGAUAAGUCACAAUUAUUCCUAUACUAAAUCGUUGGAAUGAAAGAAACGCAUGAAAAUAAGCAACUUCUUCUAUUUUAUCUUUCCAAGAUUUAAACUAGACUUAACUUCAAAGAGAAAUGAUCAAUGAUUAACAAAAUACUUUAUCACUUAGCAUAUCAAAAUACGAUGUAUCACAACUGCACAAGUUGUUGUACAAGAUAGCCUAUCAAAGUAAAAGUAGAUAUUCUAAUAUUUUCUGUAAAUAUAUAAGAAACUGCAUUUUCAGGGAAACAGGUUAAAUGAGUAUACAGGAGUAGCAGUAUUUAAAAGAAAAGAAAAAGAAAAAAAAAUAAUAAUAACUUUAUAGCACAGCUAUUAUGUUAGACAGAUGUACAAUAUGAUAUAUUAGUAACACGAAUGUAUGACAUGUCAAUUCUAAUUCUUUGUUUAUACAAUGAAAUAUAUUUGCAUAUAAUAAUUAAUGAAACACAAUAUAUACUAAUCUAUAUAUUUUAUACAGUAAAAUUUGCAAGACAUAUAUAUAUAUAUAUAUAUAUAUAUAUAUAUAUAUAUAUAUAUAUAUAUAUAUAUAUAUAUAUAUAAAGAGUAAUUGCUAGUACAAGCAGAAGGAUGAUACUCCAAUAUCAAAAGCAACAAAAAUGAAGAGAAGAAAAAGAAAGAAAUAAAAUCCAAAAAGUACUUUCAGUUUAAAAAAGAAUAAGUUUGCCUAUACUCAAUUUAUACCUAUAUGGUCCAAAAAUAUCAGGAAUAUUUCACAAAUUUAUAUAUGCUCUUUAAGAAAAUUCUACUUUCUACAGCAGAUAUAUCAAUAUUUAACGAGAGAAAAGUGACUAUUUCUAAAGUGAUAUUUUAAGCGAACUCUGCGCUUAUACGAACAUUGAUUCAUACAGAGUAAUUAAGAAUGCUGCUUUUACUAUAAAUAAAACUCUGCACAAUACAAUAAGCUCUAGUUAAGAAUAAUAAAUAGUUCAAGCAAAUAAGGUUGCAAACCUCAAUCUUAUCGAAAUUUGAUAAAAAAAAUUGAAGGAUUUUAAUCAGAAAACUUCCUAUUUGGUGAAUAAUCUUUGUGGUUUACAACUUUAUACAGCUGAGAUAUUAUAACAAUGAAUAGAAUUUUAGAAAAACUUUUUGUCAUAUUUUAUAAACAAAUAUACAGGCUGCUUUUUAUAUAUCAAAUAAUUUGUAUACAUCUACUUAUAUGAAUUAGAUAUUAAUGUAGCCUGUGAAGGAAAAUGCGUCUAUUAACACAAGGUCUUCCAUUACAAAACAACGAGUGAAAGUAUUGAUCAAAAAAUUCUCUCUUAUGUACUAUUUACAUGUAUCUCAUUUUUGAACAUAUUAUAUUAUGUUUGUAUUGAACAUAUGUGACCCUAUAGAAUUAUGUAAAAACUAUGAAUUAUUUUUUUAUAUUAUAAUAACGAAAGCCUAAUUUAUUUCAACAAAUUUGUCUAUAAAUCGACACGUUCAAUUACAUAAUCGAUAUAUAAAAUUUUUUUGAAUUAUUGUUCAAUAAGUUAUAUUAAAUUGUUCUUUCAAUAUUGUUUAUUACCUAAUACAAAACUGAAUGUGAAGUAAAGCAAUAUGAUUCACACAAUGCAUCACAGGCUUUAUUGACUUUACAUCUUAAAGAUAGUUUAUAUAUCCUACAGCACAGUUAAUGAGAUACCGCAUUCCUGGUUUAUUGUUUCUAAAUCAAAGCAUAUGAAGAAGGUAUAUAAAUAUUUUCUAUAAGUAUCAUAAAUACCCUUCGUUAUGUUUUGCUUUUUACUUUUUAUAUAAGUGAAACAUCUUACUUCAGUCAAUUAACUUAUAAAACUAUAAUUAAGUGUACCUGCUUAGAGCUUUAUUCCAUAUUCAAUACAAUAUACUUCAUUAUUCUGCAAAAUUUACUCACCAAUUGCACUGAUGAUUUCAUUUUCCAAAUCCUGAGUUUAUUAUCUUAAUUAGGAAUAAGAAAAGGAAAGUAUAAAAAAAAAAAAAUAAAAAAAAAAAAAAACAAGAAGUUCCAUU